CACUGAAAGCAUUUGGAAGAUUAUUAUGUGAUUUAGCGGGAACAGACGAGAUGCCUAAAACGAAGAAGCAGCUAUCAAAAGAUUCAGAUGAAGAAUUUACGCCCGGGCCGUCCUCUCAGGCCCCAUCAUCACAGGCCCAUAGUACACAGGCUCAGAAGGCUGCAGCCAGCAUGGACCCUGCAGACCAAGAAAAACGACUCCAUGAUCUUGUACAGUAUCUACUCAUCAUGGACCAGAAAAAACUUCCCAUCAAGAAAAUGGAUAUAAACAAGCAUGUAUUGAAGGAACAUCGUGGAGCCUUCCCAGUGAUGAUGAAGAAAGCAGGAGAUGCACUUUUACAGGUGUUUGGUAUAGAGCUUGUAGCACUCGAGGACAAACUUAAGGGUACAUACAUCCUUGUAAACAGGGUAGACACUGAUACAGAGGACCUGGGUAAUCGAGAUGGACAAGCGGGACAGGACUUCACACCUGUGGAAUGGCCAGAAGAAGAUGACGCCAAGACAGGCCUUCUUAUGGUCAUUCUCAGUCUCAUCUUCAUGAAUGGACAGGUCAUGCUGGACUCUUACAUGUGGCACACCCUGAAAAAACUCGGAAUCGAUACGGAUUUCAACCAUGAGGUUUUUGGAGACUCAAAGAAGUUGAUCACACAAGAGUUCGCCAAGCAGGGCUACAUUGAGUAUACUCGCCAGCAGAACUCGGAUCCCCCUGUGUAUGAGUUCAGAUGGGGACAAAGAGCCAAGCAGGAGAUAUCAAGAAAGAAUUGUCUGGACUUUGUCAGUCAGUUAUAUGAACGUGACCCUGAGCAGUGGACAUCUCAAUGGCAAGCUGUAUUGGAAGAAGGAGAGGCCAUGGGCACCACCUCACAGGAUUGACAGGACAAAACUCAUUAGACAUGAAAUACUGGAUAAACUAAAACUGAAAUUAGAAGGAAUGCCUGAAAAAUAACAUGGGUGGAAUUAGAUCAAAAUAGGAAAGAAGGAUUGGACAGACCGAGACAGUGAAAAAGGAUGGAAGGAAUGAGAGGACCAUCUGAAAAAACACACGAACAGAUUGGCCAGGGGAUAAGACAGAGAUUGAAUAGUAACAGACAGGUUAAAAUAAAAUAACUGAGAACAAGGAUAGAUAAUGAAGAGGAUUCAUUUCUAUAUCUAAAGGAUUUCAGGACCUGGAAGUGUAAACAUAAACGUGUGGUUAACAUCAGGGAAAAAACAUCACUGGAGUGGUAAGACAAGGGAGACAAUCAAGUGAUGACCACUGCUAAGUCCUAAACAAAUAGACAGAUGGAGGUGCUAUAUAUUUCAACUGAAAUAGAAAAAUGGUUGCAAUAUUUACAGAUAAUGCACCCUAUACAAAUACCAGUAAAGGUGAUAACAGGAAAAAAGGCUACAGUAUAGGAAUAAGUAUAGAAAGGGAUACAUUUACCAGGUCAAGAGAAGGGAUAAUGAAAACAAAAGUAUGUAAAUGAUGUAGGUGCUGAAUUUACUGGAACCCAAAUCUGCUGUCUUAUUGGAAAAGUAGAAUAUUCUAUAUUCUAAAAUUUUCAAAUCAUAUAAUAUUUGGUGUUUGAUAUUUUUAGGUUAUUGUUACAUUUAUCUUUUUGAUAUUCAUGAACAGAACAAUGAUUUCUAGCUGGCUGUAAUUAUGAUAUACUAAAGAAAGGAGUUGUAUGUGCAAUGUGAAAUCGAUGUGGUGACUUUGUGAAGUUGAUGUUUGAAAUUUCAGAUAGAGAAUUUGAUGUGUUAACCCUUUCACCUCUGUAUACCAUAAUGAGCUCAUCCAUAUCAAUGCAUGGUAGAGUCCACUAAAGGUACACAGGGGAUGAACAGGUUUCCACUGAAAGCUUGAUGAUCUGUGUGCAUGUUUCCAUCGUGAAAUAGAUGUGUGAGAGUUUUCUUGAAAAAGUUUUUGAGAUGUAUUUUUGCAUUGAUAAAAAGUUGUGUGAGAAUUUUCUCUGAGAAUACGAUUAUGAUAUUAGAGUUUCCACUGACCAUUAGUGCUUUGAGAGUUUUUACUGAGAAAUUGAUCUGUGAAAGUUUACAUUGGUCUUGAAAGGAUUUUGCAUUGAGAAAUUAACAAGUUUAUAAAUGUUGAGAAAUUGGAUAUGUAUUUUGAGAGUAUAAACUGUGAAUUUGAAAAAUACCUUGUGUUUUAAUGAGGAUGAGUGAUGGAGAGCAUCUGUUGGGUGGAAAGUUACUGUGUGAUGAAUAUAUUCGUCAAGUCUACAGUAUUGUAUGUGACAUUGCGUAAUAAAUAUUAUUUUUUA